GCCUAACCUAGUGAUAUACCUAGUAUAAUAUGCUUGCAUGUUGAGAUUAAAACGAUUUUUUUACCGACCCAAAAAAGGAGGAGAUCUCAAUUGAUGUGAGAUUUUCAACGCUAUGGCUUCAAAUCGACGGAAUAAAAUAAAAUAUAUAUACUGCAUCACCGGUUUAUUAUUGAUAAUUCUCUAUCUUUAUUAUUUUUAUAUGUUUGUUGACUCUUCUAAACAUCAUUAUAGAUAUAGAGAAUAUAAUACUAAUACAUCGAAUCCAUUUUAUAUCAAAUAUAACGAAAGUGAAGAUUAUUUGAUCAACACACCCGGGUGCUCGAUACCAAAUUUUGGAAGAACAUUAAAUUUCAAAGAAGCAGAAGAUCAAGGGAAGUCGUGUGGAGAUAGAGCUAUAUUUGUAUACAAGCUCUCAAAUGAAUAUCUUACUUUUAGAAUAGAUGAUAUUAAGAUGAGAAUUUACAGUAAGGGGAAGUGGAAUUAUCAAUGCUGUUAUCAAUUCAUCAAACCUAAAAAUAAAUCUAAUGACGUAGAUUAUAGGACUAUAGAACGUACAGGAUGCGAGCCCUUUAAAAAUAUGAGCAAAAUAGAGCUUAAAGAGGAAAUAAUUGUAGUGAGCUGUUAUAUUCAUAAUGAAAAUAAAAAUACAACUAUAUACGAAGAUGCUUAUAUUCUAGUUAAGAGGCUUUCGACUCAAAAAGAAGUAAAUGCAAAUGUCUCGGGAUAUAAUAUCCUUAUUCUUGGAAUGGAUACGAUGUCAAGAGUGCGCUUCAUUAGAAGCAUGCCGCGAACAUACAAGUAUUUGAAGGAAAAUGAUUGGUUGGAUUUCAGAGCUUAUAAUAAGGUGGACUACAAUACAUUUCCAAAUAUAGUGGCGCUUCUAACUGGAAAAAAAAGAUCAGAGGUCACCAAAUUAUGUAAUAAUACUAUGGAUACUUGCAAUGACAUAUUCCUAUGGUCCCUGUUUAAUAAAAAGGGAUACUACACUGCCUUCGGAGAAGACUAUCUUAGACUACCAGACACAUUCACACUGCAGAAUGGAUUUAAGGUUCCACCGACUAAUCACUACCCAAGACCGCUUUUCAUCACAGGAGAAUCCUUAAAAGGAAACCUUAUUUGCACGAUGAAAAAACCUUCUGCACAACAUUUGUUGGAUUACGCUCUGGACUUCUCUAUCGCAUAUAAAUCGAAUAAUUUUUUUGGAAUGUUCUGGCUAAAUUCCUACAGCCAUAACUUGCAAAAUAUACCAACUCUGAUAGAUCGAAAUAUUGUUAAUUUCUUUGAAUCUAUGGACAAUAGUGGGAUUUUGAAGAACACAUUUGUGUUUUUUCUAAGCGACCACGGCAUUAGAUUUGGCGAAGCACGUAUGCCGUACGAAUCUUACUACGACGAGCGUUUACCAAUGCUGUAUAUUCAAGUGCCAGAUAGUUUUAGAAAAACUCACACACAUCAAUAUACAAAUAUGGUUAUAAACCAAGGCAGGCUUCUGUCGCCCUAUGAUUUAUACUUAACAAUGUCAGACUUGUUACACAAAGAUGCUGGUACUUAUAUUUAUACUUUAGACGCCUGCCCUCAAUGUGUCAGUAUUCUCAAGGAACUUUCACCCGAUAGGAAUUGUGCGGAUGCAAGCAUAGACGCUAAAUGGUGCACGUGUCAUGACAUGACAAAACUACCGAAUGAUGAUAAAAAAGUGUUGCUCGGUGUAAGUGCUGCGAUGGCAAUUAUUCAGAAGAAAAACCGUGAAAUUAUUACAACUAAAUGUACAGAAUGUGAAAUAUUGCGGUUUAAGAAGGUUCUACGAGCUCACAUUUAUACCGACAGUUUCAAUACACGAGUUUAUUAUAUCAUUGUGUUGCUGACCACUCCAGGAGAUCUGAAAUACGAAGUCGUAGUAGAAAAGCAAGAUACCUUAAGAGUUAUUGAGCCCAUAGACACUAUAUCAACAUACAACAGCAAGGGUAAUUGUGUUGUGCAUCUUUACGAUCGAACUUUUUGUAUUUGUAAAAUAAAAAAGAAAUGUAAAAUAAAACCUUAGUUUAUGUCUUAAUUUAU